CAUGUGUGAUACAUCACUGGAAAGUUUAAAGUCUCUAUUUUCUGGGGAAGGAAAAUUUCUGAACAGGAGGGCAUUUUUUGACAACUUAGAAGUAGGUCAAAUCAGCCUCCAGUGACGCGGUGGUAGCUAUGAGGCUGCUGUCUUCUCCUUUUCGCCGCCCUGCUGGCCGCUUGCUGCACCCAUUCUGGGAGGAGAGACGAGACGAGACGAGAGCCAGAGUGGGUACAGUCACAGUGAGCGCAGCAAACCUCUGGAGUGUACCUACACCUGCACUCCGCAGACUGAGGGUUGAGGGAGAAGGGCGCUAAGUCGGCUGCAGCAUCUGACCGUCCAGUUGCAUAAGGUCAUUGCUCAGUGUACGCUGAAGUGUGAGUGGACGGCGAUGAUGUCCAUGCCAAUGAACGAAGCGGACAGUGUGGUGAAAGUGGCUGAGUGGCAGAAGACCUACUACGCUUCAGAUUCUGGCAUUCAAUCAGGAGCCACCACCGUGCGGGAUGAUGACAGCAGUACUGGGUGCAGUGGCAGUAAGGAGUACACAAGCAGUACAACUAGUACCAAUAUUGCAUCUACAACAACCAGAACUGGAGCAGGAGCAGCAAGUGAACAAGAAAGUGCCACAGAUUUAGAUGCUCACUACUCAUUAACUCGGGCCCAGCGCGUGAGGGCAGCCAUGUUUCCAGAGACGCUGGUGGAGGGAGAGGCAGCCAUACCUGUUCAAGCAGAUCCAACACAACAAAGCAACGUGCAAAGACUGGCUGAGCCCUCUCAGUUACUAAAGACAGCCAUAGUUCACCUGAUAAAUUAUCAGGAUGAUGCAGAGCUGGCCACAAGAGCAGUGCCAGAGCUCACUAAGCUCCUCGCAGAUGACGAUCCGGUAGUGGUCAACAAGGCAGCAAUGAUUGUCAACCAGCUCACUCGGAAGGAGGCUAGUCGCCGGGUGCUUGUGCAGUCUCCAACCAUGGUAGGAGCUGUGGUUCGUGCCAUGACAGCAGCAGUUGACAUGGAGACAGCUCGUUGCACUGCAAGCAUACUCCACAGCCUUUCACACCAGAGUGAUGGACUGCAGGCCAUAUUUAAGUCCGGAGGGAUACCUGCGCUUGUCCGCAUGCUGAGUUCACCUGUGGAGUCAGUUUUGUUUUACGCCAUAACCACCCUGCAUAAUCUUCUGUUACACCAAGAGGGAGCCAAGAUGGCCGUGCGUCUUGCUGACGGCCUUCAGAGAAUGGUGCCCUUACUAAAAAAGAGCAACCCCAAGUUCCUUGCUAUUACUACGGACUGUCUACAGCUCCUGUCUUAUGCCAAUCAAGAAAGCAAGCUAAUCAUUCUCGCCAACGGGGGCCCAGAGGGUCUGGUGUUCAUAAUGAGGAACUACAACUAUGAGAAGCUGCUAUGGACCACCAGUCGGGUACUCAAAGUACUGUCUGUAUGUCCCAGCAACAAGCCCGCCAUUGUAGAAGCUGGAGGUAUGCAAGCUUUGGGUCAGCAUCUCACUGGGUCAAGUCAGCGUCUUAUUCAAAACUGUCUAUGGACGCUACGCAACCUGUCAGAUGCUGCAACUAAGCAAGAAGGUUUAGAUGGUCUGCUCCAGAUAUUAGUCACCCAGCUGGGUUCAGAUGAUGUCAAUAUGCUUACCUGCGCAACAGGCAUCUUGUCCAACCUCACCUGUAACAACUCACGCAACAAGACUCUGGUCACUCAAUUUGGCGGGGUUGAGGCACUGAUCCAUGCUGUGCUGCGUGCUGGGGAGAAAGAAGACGUUGCAGAGCCAGCAGUUUGCGCUUUGCGUCACCUCACGUCGCGCCACCACGAUGCUGAGCUGGCCCAAAAUGCUGUGCGGCUGCACUACGGUGUGCCUGCUGUGGUCAAACUACUUGGACAACCACACUAUUGGCCUGUUAUAAAGGCUACUGUUGGCCUCAUCCGCAACCUUGCACUGUGUCCAGUCAAUCAAGCGCCCCUUAGGGAUGCAGGGACUAUCCCACGAUUGGUAAACCUACUGUUAAAGGCUCACCAGGACACACAGAGGCAUGCCUCUUCUUCCCAGCAGACAUAUCAGGAUGGUGUACGUAUGGAGGAGAUUGUAGAGGGGUGUACAGGAGCACUUCACAUUCUAGCCAGAGAUCCUAUUAACAGAGGAGAGAUUGCCAGCAUGCAGACCAUACCGCUAUUUGUGCAGCUGCUGUACUCGUAUGUGGAGAAUGUGAAACGAGUAGCCGCAGGAGUUUUGUGUGAGUUAGCUCUUGACAAACAGUCUGCGGAACUCAUCGAUGCAGAGGGUGCGUCGGCGCCACUCAUGGAAUUACUGCACUCCAGCAAUGAAGGAAUCGCCACCUACGCUGCAGCAGUGCUAUUUCGGAUUUCAGAGGACAAAAGCUCAGACUACAGGAAAAGAGUGUCAGUGGAGCUGACACACUCACUCUUCAAACAUGACCCUGCUGCUUGGGAAAUGGCUCACACAGUUCCUUUGGAGUCUUCAUACUUGGCUGAUGAGUUAGAUGGGCCAUAUCCUGCCUAUGGCUAUACUGACCUGCCUCUUGACACGCUGCCGUUAGAUCCUGACCUCCAUGAGUCCUACAUACCUGACAUGACCUAUGACCCAAGACAGAACUACCCUGAACCUCUCUAACAGGAACAUUAACCCAAGUCCAACUGUUAAAGGGGGUCAACAAAUCAAAGAAAGAAAGGACUGGAGAAAUUUGUGCUGGAGGAAAACUUCUGAUGGUCUUAAGGACAAGGAGACUCAAGCCUCUUUAACCUUUUCUAAGGUGGAAGAUAAUCUAUUUGGCAAUCAAGAAUUAAAGAAGAGAGAUUAUUAAAAGUGUUUAUUGUUGGUGUAAAUAACACAGUUGUUAUUUUGUUAUAACGUCUUACAGUGGGGUGAAAGUGUUACUGUUACACGGGUAACUUUUAACAGCAAUCGCAAAGGUUUCAUUGACAGUUUGGGGCGUGUGGGACAAGCAAGAGGUACAAUACAACUGGUUUAUAAGUAGCUAAAUGUCAGAACAAAAUGCAAGAAUACUCCUCUUACGUUCAGUGAGACGUUCCAAUUUAAGUUUUGGCUCAUUAAUGUUUCAACAAUAAGUCUUUUUGGGGGGGGUUAUUUUUCAUUAUUUUAGAUUACUGAUAUCAUGUAACACAAAAAAAACGUUUUUUUUUUUUUUUUUUAAUUGAUAUUAAUGCUAACAAAUGCUACCCGUGUAUCCCUGCAAUCGUAUAGUUGUCUACUCUGUGUAUUUGAACUGUUCACACAUCCCAGGGUGUCCAUAAGUGGUUGUUGCAUGGUAGUGUAAUGUGCCUACAUUGACCAAAUGUUCACCUUUGCUUACUGAGAAAAAGACAUGAGGGAAGUUAAAUGUAUUAGGUAGUAUUUGGCUCAAAUUAUUUGAAAUCAACUUGCUCACAUUUUCAUGGAGAACUAACAUCAGUAGUAGCAGAGAGUGGUGGAGGAAUUUAAAAUCGAAUUCACACUAUAUUAAAGAUUCAGGCUGGAAUUGGUUGGUCAUUGGAGAACUUUUUUUUUUUCUGCUUCUUUCAUCAGGGUAAAACGUGGUCGUAAGGUAGCUGUAUUUGGUUACAUUUCUAAAAAAAAAAAAAACAAACAAACAAAAAAAAAAAAACGCACAACUACAAAUGACAUCAUUUUUAUUCAAACCUUUUCACAUCUGUUGUGCACCGAAAUCUGAAUACAGUUAAAUGUCUUGAUUUUGAUGUACAAUACAUUUGGACUACUUGUCUAUACAACAC